UUACUCUUUCUUACCACCACUUGCUUCCCGCACCUAUGAACCUACCUGUACUUGAUUUACUUAUGAGAAAAAAAACACCUUUAUUAUUCGUUUUCUGUUAUCGAGUUACUCUUCGCCGGACCUCCUCGCAGCACAGGCGGCUGAAGACGAACGAGGCGAAAAGAGGAAGCAAUAGACGUCCAUCUUUCUUUCUGGAUGCCAGCAGCAAUAAUAAGAGAGCAGGCUAGCUUCAAGUCUACUUUCCCCACAUUUAGGAUUUUUUUCCACCUGUAUUGGGACUUAGCAAAAAGGAAACAAGCCGGCGUUGAGCUCCAGGACAAAGCACCGCGCUCACCCCCGCUGAAGCUAGCCUGCUUUGGGAAGUUCGCGACUAAGAAGACUGGCUGCUAAGAAUUAGUAUUCCCGUUCUUUCAUGUUUCCAACAGGUUUAUCUUCCCCUAACCCCCCACCACCGCCUACCCAGGAGGCAAGAGCGACGGCUACUGAUGUCAAAAACGACAGCGGCAACAUUAUAUCUUCGAAGAAGAGGAAAAUAAACGGCUCCGAGAGGGAAGAGACCAGCGGCCCCAUUUCCCCCUCGCCCCCCAAGACCCUCACCUCGUCCUCCUCCUGCUCGCCCAUCCACAAGAAGUUGCGCUUCGAGGACUCCGUGGACUUCAUCGGGCUGGAUGUGAAAAUGGCCGAGGAGGCUGCCGCCGCUUCGUGCUCCUCCAACAACAAAAGCAAAGCGGCGCUGCUGGCCGCCGGCGUGGGCCACCAUGCCAACGGACUGAGCAAGAGCGCCGCAGGCUCCGGGACCUUCUCCAACAGCAAGCCGGGGGCCGCCAAGAAACUAGUCAUCAAGAAUUUCAAAGAGAAACCCAAGUUGCCAGAAAACUACACACAGGAGACGUGGCAGAAGCUGAAGGAGGCGGUGGAGGCCAUUCAGAACAGCACAUCCAUCAAGUACAACCUGGAGGAGCUCUACCAGGCUGUAGAGAACCUGUGCUCCCAUAAGAUCUCAGCCAAGCUUUACAAACAGCUGAGGGCCGUGUGCGAAGACCACAUCAAGGCCCAGAUCGAUCAGUUCAGAGAGGGCGCUCUGGACAGUGUGCUCUUUCUGAAGAAAAUUGACAAGUGCUGGCAGGAUCACUGCAGACAAAUGAUCAUGAUAAGGGGUAUAUUUUUAUUUUUGGACCGCACCUACGUUUUACAAAACUCAAUGCUGCCAUCCAUCUGGGACAUGGGUCUGGACCUCUUCAGGUUCUACAUCAUCAGCAACCUUAAGGUGCAGAGCAAAACCAUCGACGGCAUCCUGUUGCUCAUCGAGCGGGAGCGAAACGGCGAGGCGAUAGACCGCAGUCUGCUGAGGAGCCUGCUGAGCAUGCUCUCUGACCUGCAGAUUUACCAAGACUCCUUCGAGCAGCGGUUUUUGGAGGAGACUAACCGACUGUACGCUGCGGAAGGACAGAGGCUGAUGCAGGAGCGAGAGGUACCCGAGUAUCUGCAUCAUGUCAACAAACGCUUGGAGGAAGAGGCGGACAGAGUCAUCACAUAUUUAGACCAGAGCACACAAAAGCCGCUUAUUGCCACAGUGGAGAAGCAGCUGCUCGGAGAACAUCUCACAGCAACACUACAAAAAGGUCUGACGCACCUGUUGGAUGAAAACAGGAUUGAAGAUCUUUCACUCCUAUAUCAGCUCUUCAGUCGAGUGCGAGGUGGGGUUCAGGUGCUCCUGCAGCACUGGAUAGAGUACAUAAAGGCUUUCGGAAGCACAAUUGUGAUCAAUCCUGAAAAAGACAAAACCAUGGUGCAAGAGUUGCUGGACUUCAAAGACAAGGUGGAUCACAUCAUCGACGUGUGCUUCAUGAAGAACGAGAAGUUUGUGAACGCCAUGAAGGAGGCGUUUGAAACCUUCAUCAACAAGCGGCCAAAUAAGCCCGCCGAGCUCAUAGCCAAACAUGUUGAUUCUAAACUGCGAGCUGGAAACAAGGAGGCGACCGAUGAGGAAUUGGAAAAGAUGCUGGACAAGAUUAUGAUUAUAUUUAGAUUCAUCUAUGGCAAAGAUGUUUUUGAGGCCUUUUACAAGAAGGAUCUGGCCAAGAGGUUACUGGUGGGGAAAAGUGCUUCGGUGGAUGCUGAGAAGUCAAUGUUGUCAAAACUAAAACAUGAAUGUGGAGCAGCUUUCACCAGCAAACUGGAGGGCAUGUUUAAAGAUAUGGAGCUUUCGAAAGACAUCAUGGUGCAGUUCAAACAGCAUAUGCAGUGCCAAAACAUUCCCGGAAACAUUGAGCUGACGGUGAACAUCCUCACUAUGGGUUACUGGCCCACCUACAUCCCCAUGGAAGUACACCUGCCUGCCGAGAUGGUGCGGCUGCAGGAGAUCUUCAAGACCUUCUACCUGGGCAAACACAGUGGCAGGAAGCUGCAGUGGCAGUCGACACUCGGCCAUUGUGUCCUAAAAGCGGAAUUUAAAGAGGGCAAGAAGGAGCUGCAGGUGUCACUUUUCCAAACACUGGUGCUGCUGAUGUUCAACGAAGGGGAGGAGUUCACCCUGGAGGAGAUCAAACUGGCCACAGGAAUAGAGGACAGCGAACUGCGUCGCACUCUGCAGUCGCUGGCGUGCGGCAAAGCGCGCGUCCUCACCAAAAUCCCCAAAAGCAAAGACGUGGAAGACGGCGACAAGUUCUCGUGCAACGACGAAUUCAAACACAGGCUUUUCCGCAUCAAAAUAAACCAGAUCCAGAUGAAGGAAACGGUGGAGGAGCAGGCCAGCACCACUGAGAGGGUCUUCCAGGAUCGACAGUAUCAGAUCGACGCCGCCAUUGUGAGGAUCAUGAAGAUGAGAAAAACUCUGAGCCAUAACCUUCUGAUGUCUGAGGUGUACAACCAGCUCAAGUUCCCCGUCAAGCCUGCUGACCUGAAGAAGAGGAUAGAGUCUCUCAUUGACAGGGACUAUAUGGAGCGCGACAAGGAGAACCCCAACCAGUACAACUAUGUGGCUUAAAAGAACAAAAAAGAAAAAGUGACAAGAGAGUGAGAGAUGCAGAUGGUCACGGCAGGCCGAGAAACCUUUUUUUCGUCCCAGUGGAUGUUAACAUUGUCAUCUUCAACCCGGCCACGACACGCUGAAUGGAUGCCGCUCCACAGGAAGUUGUUGGUCAGGGGUCGGUCUUAAGAUUCUGUGGACUGUGCGUCCAUCGACAGCAUAUGUCCAUAUUCCCCAGUGCCUGAGUACAUUGGGUGCCGCUGGACAAAAGACACACCACACAUAUAUUGUUCUGUUUUUUGUUUUGUUUUAUAAAAAGGUGGGGAAAAUAUUUAUUUUCAAACUUUACUUUUGUCCACAGUUUGAAACAAUACGCUCUUUGUUACCGAGUCACCUUUUCUUUUCCCUGGCAACCCUAAAAGCGCUGGCACAAGUCCACAAGUUGGGACACAAAUGUGCUCAGCCACUGUCAAACAAGAAGGCUAUUGGACUGCAUGGCUGGUGUAUGUGUGGUUUUGAAACGCUGAAACACAAAAGCAGAUAACCGCACCAGAAAAAAAAAAGGAGCACUUCUUUUGGUAUCCAAGCUGCUACACCAUCAAUCUUCAGUAUUUUUGGUUUUUGUACAAUUCCUACCUAACCGAUGUGACGUUUUAACCUGCUUACAAUCCUCUUUGUUUUUGUUUACCCCCUUUAGACGCCAAAAGCACAACGUCACCAUUUCAUCACCAUCUUCCCUUUUUUAUUUGUUUCAUCUGACACACUAAAGAGUUCUUUGGAGUUUGCAGGAAGUGAGCCGAGGGUAAAACAUUGAAUAAACACACAUUUUGUUUGUAAAAACAUGUUAGGGUUAUUGCUUAAGAUUAAAAUAACUGUUUCAAUCA